AUGGGCGAGGAGGGGAAGAGGCUGAAAGUGUCGACGAGGAGCGUGACAUCACGCAGCAGCAGGAGCGCUUCGUGCUGCUCCGCAAGUUCCACCAAUCCAGCUCUUUUUUCGGCGGUCACAGCCACAAAGCGUUAUCCGACGCAGUGGACGACAACAAUGCCGAGGCAACCACCGCUGGCGCGAUGGUGUUCGCGGAAAAUGGUGACGCAGCAGCUGAAAAAUAUUCUGUUGAGGAAACAGAACCAGGGUUGUCAUCGGGUUCAAGCUCACCAAGAGCUGACGAGGUGGACGCAGGCCAUGAUCAAAUACACUACGAUAAAAAUAUGCUGGACCCCGCCGCGGCGCUUGUUUCUGACGAAAGCCAUCGUGUGCGUACCGCACAGUCAACUUUUCGAUCUGCGAAGUACCAGGAGCCAUUCUUCUACACCACAAGUAAGAAACAACCCUAUCAGCAGAAGAUGCCCAUAG